AUGUCACCCUCUCCCUUCGAGCCAGAACGUCCCAGAGAUACACCUUUGCAAUCACCCACAACAGCUAAGUUCACUGCACCUCUGAUUACAAGACAUAGUCAGAGCAUACAACGUGCACGUAUAGACACGGCUUCGCCUGCUGCCCAAUCAGCUCGUUCAAUGCUCAGGACCUUAACCUGGUUCCAUAACCUGUCUCACAAGCACAAUCUCGACCUCUGCAACCCUCACAACAUCACAAUCCGCACACACACACAACUCGAUUCGCUGGGACUGUGCAGCAACCAAGGCACAGAGACGAAGACCACAUCAAACAGCCUGAGAACGCAUUUAUCCUCUUCCGUUGCGAAUGCUCAUCUACCGCCGAUUCUGACGACUACGGCGAAUUCGAUUCGCUCUUCUCCGAUAGUUCACUGUAUGGCUGCCCGUUCGGAUAUCUGCACACGGCGUGCAGUAGCGUGCACGAAGUGGAGAUGGCGGACUGCUGAUUUUGAGAUGGGUGAUGCAGAGUGCUUGCAAGGACGGGGUCAACUGCAAAUACGGUCAUUACCGCUGAGCCUCUCGAUGCCCUCGCUUUCUAGUAAUCCGUCUGGAUCUGGUCAAGGUAUGAGCCUGGCAAUCGACACCCGUAAUGCACUCGUUCGCCGCUCGAGUCUGGUCCGAUCCCAACCUCUACCUACUCGUAUUUGCAUCACAGCAGACAUGGACACUCUCACUCGCUCUCUGCACAAAUCUUGA